CUGCCACAUUGUGAUCCCUCCCCCGGCCCGCCCCCGGGAAGGUUCUGGGCGUGCGCGGUGCAUUGUGGGGGGCCGGGAGCGAGCAGCCGCCGAGAUGAUGCCAACACCGGUUAUCCUGCUGAAGGAGGGCACGGACACCUCGCAGGGCAUCCCGCAGCUGGUCAGCAACAUCAACGCCUGCCAGGUGAUCGCCGAGGCCGUGCGCACCACGCUGGGCCCGCGCGGCAUGGACAAGCUCAUCGUGGAUGACAGGGGCAAAGCCACCAUCUCCAAUGACGGGGCCACCAUCCUAAAGCUGCUGGACGUUGUGCACCCGGCCGCCAAGACCUUGGUGGACAUUGCCAAGUCCCAGGAUGCCGAGGUGGGUGAUGGCACCACGUCUGUGACCCUGCUGGCAGCUGAGUUCCUGAAGCAGGUGAAGCCCUACGUGGAGGAGGGGCUCCAUCCCCAGAUCAUCAUCCGCGCCUUCCGCACGGCCACGCAGCUGGCUGUGAACAAGAUCAAAGACAUUGCUGUCUCUGUGAAGAAGGAGGAUAAAGAUGAGCAGAGGAGUCUCCUGGAAAAGUGUGCAGCCACAGCCCUGAGCUCCAAGCUCAUCUCCCAGAGCAAGGAGUUUUUCUCCAAGAUGGUUGUAGAUGCUGUGAUGAUGUUGGAUGACUUGUUGCAGCUCAAGAUGAUUGGGAUAAAGAAGGUGCAGGGAGGAGCUCUGGAAGACUCACAGCUGGUGGCUGGAGUUGCCUUUAAGAAAACCUUCUCCUACGCUGGCUUUGAGAUGCAGCCCAAGAAGUACCAGUCCCCCAAAAUCGCCCUGCUCAACGUGGAGCUGGAGCUCAAGGCUGAGAAGGACAACGCCGAGGUCAGAGUCAACACUGUGGAGGACUACCAGGCCAUCGUGGAUGCAGAGUGGAACAUCCUGUAUGACAAACUGGACAAAAUCCACAAGUCAGGAGCCAAGGUGGUGCUGUCCAAGCUGCCCAUUGGGGACGUGGCCACGCAGUACUUCGCAGACAGGGACAUGUUCUGUGCCGGCCGUGUCCCCGAGGAGGACCUCAAGAGGACCAUGAUGGCCUGUGGGGGAUCCAUCCAGACCAGUGUCAAUGCCCUGUCGGAUGAUGUGCUGGGCCGCUGUGAGCUCUUUGAGGAGACCCAGAUUGGGGGAGAGAGGUACAACUUUUUCACGGGCUGCCCCAAGGCCAAGACGUGCACCAUCAUCCUGCGCGGGGGCGCCGAGCAGUUCAUGGAGGAGACCGAGCGCUCCCUGCACGACGCCAUCAUGAUCGUCAGGAGGGCCAUCAAGAACGACUCGGUGGUGGCGGGCGGCGGCGCCAUCGAGAUGGAGCUCUCCAAGUUCCUGCGGGAUUACUCGCGCACCAUCCCGGGCAAGCAGCAGCUGCUGAUCGGCGCCUACGCCAAGGCCCUGGAGAUCAUCCCCCGGCAGCUGUGCGACAACGCCGGCUUCGACGCCACCAACAUCCUCAACAAGCUGCGCGCCAAGCACGCCCAGGGCGGGAUGUGGUACGGCGUGGACGUGACCAACGAGGACAUCGCUGACAAUUUCCAGGCGUGCGUGUGGGAGCCGGCCGUGGUGCGCAUCAACGCUCUGACGGCCGCCUCGGAGGCCGCGUGCCUCAUCGUGUCCGUGGACGAGACCAUCCGCAACCCGCGCUCCAGCGUGGAGCCUGCCGGGGCUGCCGGGGCCCGCGGCCGCGCCCGUGCCCGGCCCCACAACCACUGAGAGCUCCUG